UCCCCAUCUCUUCCUCCCCCGCCAUCUCUCCGACUCGUCCCCACACUCCUUAGGCCUCCCUCACUCCGCCCAUGCCCGCCUCAAGACAGCACCAGCGAGACGAGGACAUCGACUUGACUAUCAUCGACCAGAAGGAGGACCCUCGACCAUUUAAUGAACGCAUAGUCCCAGAAAUUGUGCAUCCGCCUCAGCGCGAUGUCAACCGAGACGACAUUGUCAAACCAGAGGACGACGCACAUUCUAGCUCGGACGAUGACACCGUGACCGAGUCCGAUGACGACUUCGACUGGGACGCGGAAGACGAUGCCAAGUCCCAGAUGGCGGCCGCCUCCAUCAAGGCCCGCCGUGGCCACGCCCUCUACCGCGGCUUCCUUAAACUCCCAAAAAUCUUCCGCGUCCUUCUUGUGGGAGUCCUUGGUGCCGGUAUACUCAUCACGCCCCUCCUUGUCGUCAACCUCCGCUUCAACACCAGCAUCGUGAAGGCGCAGGUGCACGCAUGGUCGCUUUGGCUCGCCAUUUCAUGGGCGGCCGGCGUCGCGAUAUUCAUCAUUGUCGACGCCAUCCCGCACAUGGUUCUGGUUCUGCUGCGUCUAUCGAACUACAAAGUGGAGCGAGCGCGGGUUUCCAUAGAGCUCAUUGCCGCUGUGCGUGGCUGGCUCAAACUCUCGCUCGACAUUGCUCUGGCGUGGAUCGCGUUGUCCGUGAUCCGUUCGACGUACGAGCCCCCGGGAGAGUACUGGGUUAUCGUGAACCGGGUCAUGCAGGCGAUGUUCGCCGGGAGCAUGAUUCUGCUCGGUGAGAAGGCGUUCCUGCGUUACGUUGCGAUCAACUUCCACCGGAAGGCACUUGCGGACCGCAUCGCGGAGAACCAGCUCGGCUUGCGCGCGCUCGAUCGUUUGUCGAACGCGCAGCCCGCGCCGAAGAAAUCGCCAUACAACGCUGCGAAGAAGGGCCACCGCUCGCGCGGGUCAAGUCUGGACAUGCUCGGGAUGAACGGGCGCCGGAGCCGCGCUGGGAGCCCGACGAACUCACCUGACCGCAAUGAGAAGAUGGGCGGCGCGAGUACGGCGUCGGGCUCAUCCUCGCCUUCGGGGAUGAAGGAAAAGAAGGAGACGAGGAAGAACAACAAGCGCCAGCGCAAGAACAUCGUCGCCGCGGUCAUCGUUGACCAGCUCGGCGGCGCGCUCGAGCAGGUGACGCAGAGUCAGUUUGGCAGUCUGGCAAGCGCAGGCAAGCUGGCGCGCAAGCUGUUCAGCACGCUCAGCGAUGUGCACCCGCCGCGGCAUCAUCUUCUUGUGGAGGACUUCUUCCCAUACUUCCACACGGUGGCGGACGCGCAUGCGGCAUUCGCGCUCUUCGACAAGGACGGUAACGGCGACAUCUCCAAGAGAGAGAUGCGCGAAGCCGUUCGACGCAUUUACCGCGAGCGAAAGGCGUUGACAGCCAGUUUGAAGGAUGUUGGCUCUGCUGUAGCGAAGCUUGACGCAGUCAUGCUUGCUGUAGUGCUCAUCAUCUUCAUCUUUAUCUGCCUGCUCAUCUUCAACCGAAGCAACACCCUUUCGUCGUUGGUCCCGUUGGCCACGAUCAUCGUCGGUUUCUCGUUCAUCUUCGGGCACUCUGCGCAGACGUUGUUCGAGUCGCUCAUCUUCAUCUUCUCCACGCAUGUCUUCGACGUAGGAGACCUGGUGAUGAUCGACGACCAGCCGCUCUUUGUGCGCGAGUUCGGCCUGUUCUCGACAACGUUCCGCCGCGUCGACGGCAUGGAGAUCAUUGCACCGAACGCGCUCCUUGCCGGCUCGAAACUCGUGCAUAACCUACGCCGGAGUAACUCGAUGUGGGAGACGACGACCCUCAUGGUCGCGUACGACACGCCGCUCGACGUCAUCGAGCAACUCCGCAUCCGCCUGCAGGCCUAUGUCACCGCGAACUCCCGCGAAUGGUCGAGCGCAACGGUCAACAUCGACAAGAUGGAGUACCAGAACGCGAUCCACCUCACGAUCGGCAUGGAGCACCGCCCGAACUGGCAGGACUGGGGCGGCCGCUGGGCGCGCCGCACCGCGUUCAUGCGCAACAUGAAGCAGAUCCUCGAGGAGCUCGACGUGCGCUACCUCGAGCCCAUCCAGCCCGUCAUCCUCCCGCGCGGCACGUCCAUCCAGCAGCCGUCGCCGUACCUCGACGCGCCGCCGUCCCCACGCGCGACUGGCACGCGCCGCAGCCAGAGCACGCGCGAGACGCUCGGGAACGCGGGCUACAUGGAGCACGACGGCCACUCGCGGGCGCCGAUACGGGGCCUCCGCCCAGGCGGAGACAGGUUCUAGGGGACCGGUGCGUGGUUAUGAUGUCGUGGAAAGUGGCUGCGUUGAGCGUGGUGCGCUGGUGGUUGACGUUGAUGGACAGUGGACGGGUAGAUACAUUACGCUCACGCAGACGGGUAAUGACGUCCGGUUGUGAUAUAGAUGAGGGUGCUCUCUUGCAAUGCCGCUUUGGAUACCUUGCAAUAAUGAAUUCACGUUUUGAUGCAUAC